AUGAACAUUCUGUCGUUAGCGGAAGACGAGAACUACAGAAGCGAAGACGACGAGGACUUUCAGGAGGAUUCGGAAGACGCCUCUUCUUCAGAAGGCGACGCGCACGUAGACACGGCAGACGAUGGUUCUGUCUCGAGUCACAAGCAAAUCGAGGAGCUAUAUCAAGGCAUGAAGCGCGGUGAGCAGAGCAGACUCACCCCGUUUUCUUCGUUUCCUUCGUGCCAACGGAUUGACGGACUUGUCACAAAGCCUCAACAACCAAGUCAGCCGCUCCAAGAGUCGCUUCAGAACGCCCUUCUGAAAUACACCUCAUGCCAGCCAGCCUACGAAAGACACUCGGAAAAAACCCGAACUGGGACAAUCCAACCAGACUUGAUCCAUCAUGUGAGGCAAACAAUGGAGGAGGAAACGAAUCGAAUACAGGUUAAGAAGGUUAGGUUUGCUGGUAGGAUAUUUGAGAUUCAAAUUGACCCUAAGUCCAGUAAGCAGCGACUGAAAGCUGCCCAAGAACAAACAGAAAUCGACGACAUCAAUGCGGCGUUGAAAGACUCCAAUGUGCAGCAGGUAUCCGCCGUCUUCAAGUCGCGGGCCGAUUGGCAAGAACACCUCUCUCGAGAUACGGACGCCUUUAGCCUUUCGCAACACCGCAAGGGACAAGCAUCGUUGCUCGGUCAGCAACGGUUCUUAGCAGAAGUGCAACAAGUCCCCAUGGCCAAAAGGAGAAGACGCAGAUUGUGA